UUUAAUUUAUCUUUUAUUGUUCCUGAAAAAUUAAUAUUAUUUAUAUUAUAUUAAUAAGGCACAUACCAGUGGCAUGUCAUAGGGUUCACAAUAUGUUGUGCACAAAAAUUUUACCCCUAGAUGUACAAUCAAAAACUAAACAACAUAAAAUAACAGUUUGUUUUAAAACAUCCACAUUCUUUGAAUAAACUUCUUUUAAAUUUGGUAUUAGCCUACCUUCUUUUUCAUUUUCACCUUUUUCCAAGAGGAGGUUAUGUUAAUUUAACUAAGAAUAUAACAUAUUUUACUUGAUUACAUGAUGAAUAUCUAUAUAAUAUUAAAUUAUGAUUUUAGACCAUGCUACAAGUUCUAGUUCAUCAACCACAUCAUCACCCACAUCAAAAUUUAAAAGGUUGCCAUCAGCAACAACAAAAAUUAUUAAUUUACCAAAUGAAAAGAUACAGUCUUCCACAAAUUUAAAGAUUGAUGCACUUCAAGGUUAUAAAAAAGGUACGUCAGCUUCAGAAGCAGUUACUAAAGCUCAAUUAGAAUCUACCAGACGAAGUAUAGAGUACAGAAUAACACAAGAGGCCAAAAUAACGAGACACUUGUUUGCAGCCCAUAAUAAUGUUGGAGAUAUUGAUAAAAUAAUGAAUGAUGAACAAAUAAAUGACAUGCCUAAAUUGAAUUUGGAAGAUUUUCAGGAUUUUGAUACUCAAUUGAAAACUAACCUGGAGCUAAUAAAGAAACUGAAAUGUUUUAUGUUGAUAAACAUCAAAAGUGGAUUGAAAGUGACAGAGAAUUUAACUGCGGUUAUGCCGCGUAUAAUGUCUAAAGAUGUUCAACUUUUAUUCAGUGGUUUUGGGAGAGAGACCAAUGGUUGUAAAAAACUGAAUUUUUCGGCAACACAGACAUACAAAUACUUACUAGAAGUCAUUACUACUAAAGAUCCGAAUCUAAAAAUCAAGGAUAUAUCAAGUCAAUUAAGUCGAUGGUUUUCGGGCGCCAAAGAUCGGGAAGGUGGGAAGAAAGAAAGGCAAUAUUAUAAAAUGAAGAAAUCCAGCGAAAGUACAGAAGAUAAAAUUCAAUAA